AGUAAUUUCUUCGAUGUUUUGGUUUAACAUCGGAUUCGUUAAAACAUCGACGAACAUCGAUGUUUGAAGCCUCGACCAUCGAUUUUGCUCGAUACAUCGAUGUUUUUUACAUUCCUAAUUCCUACAAAGAAUUCGAUUUAGAUGGCGCGGAAUUUUAGAUACAACGCAAAGUGGAAUUUUGGAGGAAAAAUAGAAAUAAAAUAAAAUAUUUGAUUCAUUUCAAAUCCUACAUUGCUCAAAAAUGAUAGAGAAGAAAUGGACGCUGGACGUCGAAUCAAAUCGAUACGACCUCAUUCCGGGCAAAUUUUAUUUAAUAGGAUAUGUAAAAGAUGUCGAAAAUGGAGAGAACCAUGUCGAUAUAAGGCUUAAAACCCAAAGUGUUGACGCGAAGCACUGUAUUUUGGAUGUAUCUGGGGACGCUUUGUAUAUAUAUGAUUUACACAGU